AUGCAUCUAAACAUUUCUUCUCCAAGUCUUGUUUUCUUUUGGGAUGGGCCAACAGAUGACAAAGUCCGAGAAGAUAGGGGCGAAAAACAGGGGAUUCCACCACAAUGUGAAAACAGUGGAUCACCGUGGUUUCCUAUCUUCUCGCUAAUACCACUCUCCGAAAACAGUGGAUCUUUCCUUACAGUCAAAACAGUGGAUGACGUAGAUGGAGUGUACCAGCUUUUGCUUAAUCAUUAUUCCUGCUGUGGCACCAAAACUGGGGAUGGACCAACAGAUGACGAAGUCCGAGAAGAUAGGGGCGAAAAACAGAGGAUUCCACCACAAUGUGAAAACAUGGAUCUUUCCUUACAGUCAAAACAGUGGAUGACGUGGAUGGAGUGUACCAGCUUUUGCUUAAUCAUUAUUCCUGUCGCAUUCGGCUGUGGCACCAAAACAGGGGAUGGACCAACAGAUGACGAAGUCCGAGAAGAUAGGGGCGAAAAACAGAGAAUUCCACCACAAUGUGAAAACA